UGGUUCCUUUAUCAGGUUUCCUCCAAUUCCACCGUAACUCAAGGCUGUUUUAUCAGCUUCCAUCAUAACCUUGGGAGUUGGGAUCAAUAAACGGGUGAUUAGGAGGACCAGGGAUGUAGUGGGAAAAAGAAGGGGGGCCAUGGGUGUAAAUAAUGAACAUCUAAUAUUAGUAUCAAAGGUAAGGGGGUAAAAAACCUAGAUAGAUAAAAAAAAAAAAAAAGAUGGUGGGAACGAAGGAAGAUCUAUGGGUGACGGCGAAGAGUGUGGAGGAUUUGGAUUGGAGGAAGAACAAGGAGAGGGGGUCUAAUGGCCACAAAAGCUUCAUCCAGACUUCAAUGGAAAUGAAUGGGAUUACAUUCCAAGACAUGCAACGAGUUGCACGUGGUUUUUAUGAUGAACCAGCAGAUGAGGAUUUGCCCCCCGUCUCCAACACCGACUCUGAUGGUAAAAUCAUUAACAAAUCAUCUUUAGAUCAUGAUGAGGAGGAGGAGGAGGAUUUGGGCCAGUAUGAUUGUUCGUCUGAGUCGGAUAUUGAUAUCCCUGCGUUGGUCAAGUUAUUAGAUGAUACUAGCACUGAUUAUAGCGACGAUGAUGAUGAUGAUGAUGAUGAUGAUGCUAGCUCUGAUGAUUCGGCAAAGCCAAAAGAGGCAUUAAAGUUGAAGAGUUUCUUACAGGAACUGCAUCUUGAGAAGUAUUUGACUAAAUUCCAAAAACAGAAAAUUGGCAUGUCUCUUGUUCCAAUCAUGACGGAUUGUGAUCUACUUGUUAUAGGAAUCAAAGAUAAGGAUGACAGAAAGAAGAUCCGUGAGGCGUUGAAGGCUAUGCCGCGAGAUGUGUCAACCAGCAGGCGUGCUUUCUGAACUGGUACGAGUCUAUUGUAGAUUUCUAUGGGUUAAUGUUUGUUCUCGGAUGUACUGAUGAAGCUGCUUAUGGAGAAGGUCGAUAGGAUUAGAAGUGUGUAAUGAUAUUGAAUUUGCUAGUCUUUUGAACAUGGUAGUUCACCCUCGGCACUUUACACUAGGCUUUGUUUAGAAAUCCACUCUUCUAGUGCUUAUUGUGUUUGACGGUCGCUGCAAGUUUAUAUCCUCUUGUGACCCCAUCUUGUUUAUUCAUUAAAAUUUGGAGCUGCAAGCAUGUUGUCACAAGCUAUAAGCUUCAAAUCAAUUCAAUAGUUUGAAGAGUGUUCAUCAUGCAGGCUUGAGCUUGGCUUUUGAGAAUUCAGUUAUAUAAUUAUUCUUGAGAAACA